CGAGAUUUCUUCUUUCUGCCGCUUUAUUCUUUUGAAUAUUUUAAAUAUUUCAAUGUUUUAUAUGCAACUACGACUUCGCACACCACCUGUCCUCCGAUCACGCAAUGCGAGGGGAGCGCAUUGUCAUCGAUGGACUAUGGCGAUGUCUAUGCCCCUCGGCAGACAUUGCUACCAUUUCUAAACUACUUGGUCCUCCUCAUAAUCCUCCACAAAGACCAAUCCUAUCAUCAUCUAGUCGCAAUGCCCAGAUCACCCAAAGCCAAGGACGACGAGAAUACCGAGCAAUCCCCUCUCCCCCAAACGACCCGAAGCGAGAUGAUCACGAGUAUCGCGAACAUGAGCGCAUUCAAUACCUUACGCGACUAGCGAAACGAAGCCCGUGGAUUCCCGACGCUUUAUUUAAAGGCGUUGAUAGUUUCAUUACCAAGCUUGACAGGAUCCCAACCGAGACUAUAUAUGCCUCUUUGAAAGAACUUACAAGGGCUGAGAGCACUUAUUUCUCAAUAGUGAAAUUGGUCGAAUACUUGAUAACAGUGAGGAAAGAAAAGCCAAAUGCCGUACUCUAUGAGAGCCUCAUAAGGGCGAAUGUCGAUAAGAAACAUGGUUCUGCCGAAGUCGCUAGUAAGCUCCUCAAGGAAAUGGAAAAGCUACGCAUAUCAAUCACCCCCCAAGUAUACCAGGCUGUGUUAGAUGUUACGGCUGUUCAUCCUGAUUAUGUCCUCCGAAAUACCGCACUCUUUGAGAUGAAGAAUCGAUGGUAUACGCCAACCCCAGAUGAUUUGAUCAGCAUCAUCAUUGGCCUGCUACGGGAUAAUCAGUACGAGCUUGCUCUGGAAAAACUGGAAGAGCUACAAAAGGACCCCGUUUAUGUGCCACUUUGGCUCUAUGACAUAUUUCUUUAUACAUUCGGAGAUUUGGGUUUUCAGGAUGAAGUGCUCUCGAUCCUCAAACAUCGUUUAAAGGUUUCAAACUUGACUGAUGAGCCACUGUCUUUGAAUACGUGGCAGUUUCUACUCGACGUAUUCAGCAGAGACUCUUUUUACAGUGGCAUCAAGUACAUAUGGGACCAUUCAGUCUCCCUCGGCUACUUACACCCUCCUGAUGGCGUUGUCAUGGGUACAUUGAAUGCGGCAUCGAACCAUGGGGAUACAGCCCUGGCUGUAAGUGCAAUCCAAACCCUUUCGCGACGUGGGAAAAAACUUGAGCUACAUCAUUACGAAGCUCUGAUGGACAUCCACGUACGGCAAAAGGAUCUUGCAAGAGCAUUCACGACCCUAUGUAUCAUGGCCAAGGCAAAUUUAUAUCCUGACCUGUCUAGCACGCGGUCUAUUUUUAGGGUUCUUCGUGAAUCAUCUUCGGAUACGAAUAAUUCCAUCGAUAUCUUGAAUGAGCUGAGGUUACAUUAUCAAGUCCCUCCUGCCGCAUUCAACGUCGUCCUGGAGACUAUUCUGAUCCAUCGUGGAUUUCAAGUUGCCUUGGACCUAUACAGAAGCGUGCGCCAAAUCUGUGCAGGUGGCCCUGAUCUGGAAACCUAUCAUGUUCUCCUCGCUCACUGCACGGCAAGAAGAUCCAUGAACUUCCUCUACGAGGAGAUGAAGGCAUUUUCUAUAGAGCCCAGCGAGACCGUGUAUAAUCAUUUGAUUCGCAUCUCCAGUAUGCAGGACAACUAUGAGCAGGCGUUCUAUUUCCUCGAUAAGAUGAGGUCUAGCGAGACGGCGGGCCUGAGCAACAAUUGGUUUAUGAAUAGAGAUUCAGCUCUAGCACUGCUCAGGAGGUGCAUACAAGAAGAAGACAUGAGGGCACAUGACCUCAUUGAGGAGUGUCGCAAGCGAGACUUGAACAUUGACGCAGAAGUGCAGCAGCUGCUUGACGCCGUCCAAGCACAGAAAGAAGCAGCUAAAUCAAACCCCAGCAAUCGUAUUAGAUCACCUCCACGAGCCGACGCAAUGUCAGGCUGGGGCUAGUUCAUAUCUCAAAAAUCAAAUAUCUCCAAGUUCAAAUACUUCAGUAGUCAUAUUGCAUUAAAAUAUUGCC